AAAAAGAAAACUUCAGGCCAAUAUCCCUGAUGAACCUCGAUGCAAAAAUCCUUAAUAAAAUCACAGACAUGGCCUGGCACAGCAAGCCUAACCAGUGUGUCAGAGAUCUAGGGGAACUGGCUCCCCAUGGCAGUACUCUGAAUUAGUUCUGGGGAUGUGCACAUGGUCAUGCCAAGUGUCCCUCCUCCAAGAGCUUCUGUUAGACUAGAGGUAUAAAUGAUGCUGAAUAAGGGCCCCUGGACUUAAUACCAGAUAAAGCAUGGAGAUACGUGGACAACCUGGGCAUGUUACUUGUUCUUCCUGGGUCACAGUUUCUUUAUGUUUGAAAUAGGGAUGGCAGCACCUGCUUUCUUAGUAACACUGUGAGGGUAAAAUCUACGUAUAAAAAUGCCUUAGAAAUGUAAAGACCUGAGAGUCUUUGAGCAAACCAGAAAGUUAUCAAGAACUUUUCUUUUUGUGCAAUUCAGUAUAUUUUGGGGGGUAAAUUUUAAACACCAAAUAAUCCUCAACAAACGAAUGUACACAUAGUUCCUGGAAUGAGGCAAAUAUACUCCUCCUGGAACAUAAAACAAUUAAAAAUUCCAACAAAUUUAUCAAGUAUGUAAAUAAGUGUUGAUAACUUGAAAAAUAAAAAAGGAAUAAAAUCAUGAUACAUCAACAUGAAUGAACCUUGAAAACAUUAUGCUAAGAAGCUAGACAUAAAUGGACAAUUUUAAAUAAUUCCAUUUAUAUAUUUAUAUUAUAUUAAGAGAUAGGAGGAUCCGUUGUUUCAACCCAGGGAGAAAAUGUGGCCUUUGACUGAAGAAGAGACCCGUGUCAUGUUUGAGAAGAUCGCAAAAUACAUCGGGGAGAAUCUUCAGCUGCUGGUGGACCAGCCCAAUGGCACCUACUGUUUCCAUCUGCACAACGACCGGGUGUACUAUGUGAGUGAAAAUAUUAUGAAGUUGGCCGCUAAUAUCUCUGGGGACAAGCUGGUGUCGCUGGGGUCCUGCUUUGUUAAAGUCACUAAAACCCACAAGUUUUGGUUGCACGUCACAGCCCUGGAUUACCUUGCACCUUAUGCCAAGUAUAAAGUGUGGAUAAAGCCUGGUGCAGAGCAGUCGUUCCUGUGUGGGAAGCAUGUGUUGAAAUGUGGUCUGGGUCGAACCACUGAAAAUACUUCUCAGUACCAGGGCGUGGUGGUGUACUCCAUGGCAGACAUCCCUUUGCCUUUUGGGGUGGCAGCAAAAUCUACACAAGACUGCAGAAAAGUAGACCCCAUGGCGAUUGUGGUAUUUCAUCAGGCAGACAUUGGGGAAUAUGUGCGGCAUGAAGAGAUGUUGACUUAAAACGAAGUCAUUGCAAGGACAGGCGGCUGUAUGGAAGGGCCAGCUUUGUUUCCUGUGUUUGUGUGGACUCCACCAUCAUGUUGAAUUUUGUCAACACUCUGACCUCUUCAGGGACUUCUUAUUUACUGUACUCUCUAUCAUUGACAAAUGCAGGCUGGAUUCUUAUUGUAUACAGAGAUGGCUCAAAAAUGGGGUUUCAGAUCUUUGUGUUUGUGAUGAAAUAGAAUACUCUGUUUCAUAUUUGAAUCAGAGGGCUUCUUGUUCUGAGAAAUAGGUUCAAAAUCAUUGGAACUAGGAACAAGAAUAGCUUAUUGUUAUCUGUGAUAACACUUUUUUUUCUAAACUCAUGAUAACACAGGGAUUGUCUUUUUUAUUAAUAUGCAAGUUAGUCAUUUCCAUAACAGAAUAAUAAACCACAUGUGGGGUUUUAAAAAUGAAA